GUAGCGUGGCGAGGGCGUACCGUGUGACGUAGAGCUGAGGCUCUGGCUGUUUAUUGUUCCUUCCCCAACACCGACAGAGAAAAACAGGCUAACAAGCUGUCAGCUACCUUUUUCACACGGUUCACUGUUGGUUUAACGAAGGUGUAACGGUCGAGACAGCUGACUGCACAAAACCAGGGGCCAUGGCGUAUGCGUACCUCUUCAAAUACAUCAUCAUCGGAGACACGGGUGUGGGGAAGUCAUGUCUAUUACUACAGUUCACAGACAAGAGGUUUCAGCCAGUUCACGAUCUCACUAUCGGUGUGGAGUUCGGAGCAAGGAUGAUCACUAUAGAUGGCAAACAGAUCAAACUGCAGAUCUGGGAUACGGCUGGUCAGGAGUCGUUCCGGUCCAUCACCAGGUCUUACUACAGAGGAGCAGCAGGAGCUCUGCUAGUCUAUGACAUCACAAGAAGGGACACCUUUAAUCACUUGACGACCUGGUUAGAGGACGCUCGCCAACAUUCCAACUCCAAUAUGGUCAUCAUGCUCAUUGGCAACAAGAGUGACCUGGAGUCGAGGAGAGAGGUGAAGAAAGAGGAAGGUGAAGCAUUUGCCAGAGAACAUGGCCUCAUAUUCAUGGAGACUUCAGCCAAGACUGCCUCUAAUGUAGAGGAGGCUUUCAUCAACACAGCCAAGGAGAUCUAUGAGAAGAUCCAGGAGGGAGUGUUUGAUAUCAACAACGAGGCUAAUGGUAUUAAGAUUGGACCCCAGCAUCCUACCACCAACUCCACACUGACCGGUAGCCAGGGAGGCCAACAGGCUGGAGGGGGCUGCUGCUGAAGCCCCAAAACACACCACCUCCCUCCAACCCCAACCCUUCCUCCUCCUCCUCCUCCUCGCCCUCUCCGACUCUCCCUUGCGUUUCUACAGAACUGUCCAGGCUCACUAACAGUUUGUUAACCUUUCUCUCGCUACCGCUCCAUUCUUUCAUCCAUCCAUCCAUCCAUCCCUCUGUGUCCUUUUUCUCUCUCUCUCUAUCAGCCAUGUCUUUCCUCAGUCCCUUGAUCAUACCCGAGGGUCUAGGGGCUGUGUCCCCAUAAAUCAACCUGACUUCCUACAGUCUUACAAGGACAGUCAGUCUCACCUGCAGGGUUAGCCACCAAAUUCUUUCUUCUUUUUUUUUUUUUUUUUUUUUUGGUUAGAUAAAUGGAUUUUUAUCUUUUUAUUAAAAAAAACUAAAAAAAACAUGCUGGAAUGUGAAGACUUCUGUUCCAGCAGUUUAAUUUACAUACUCCUCCUAAUUCAUGAGGUUGUUGUUGGGAUAUGACUUUAUCUCAGAAUCAUAAAAAAAAGGUAUAUGUUCAGUAACAACAUGGUUAGAGAUUAAACGCACUCUUAACAACUGACUGUAUGGAAUAAACCAUGAAACGUUAAAAAAAAACAAAAAUAUGACGCAGCACGUAGAUAGCAGGGCAUGUUUCUACAUGUCGAGUCAGUUUUCAUGCUGUGCCUGUGUGUGUGUGUAUAGGGACGAUAUAGGUAUUCCAGUAUGUCCGUUUGGGAGGGUUUAGGAGGCAUUCAAGUCAUUCUGUAUCUUCUGUCCAUAAAAACAAAGUGCAAAUUAUUAUGUUUUUUUUUGUGCUACCUUUCCCUCUUUUUCGCCAUGUUGUUUUGUUCUCUCUCUCUGUCUUUGUUUCCUUUAUGUUGACUUGCAGAUGAUUUGUAUUUAAUGAACACUACAAACUGGUUGUGGCUUAAAACGUGUUUUAAAUUGUCUGGAGAGAGAAUAAAAGACCAAACUGUUGAGUGUGAAAAUGGAUCCUUUUGGGAACGACAGAAAGGAAAGUCAAAGAAACGUUAAGGGACAUUGAGAGCAGCGGCCGCCAUUAUGAAGUAAAGAAGUAGAAAGAGGACAGUUGUUGGAAAUCACGACUUUCUUGUUGACUAUAUUUAUCAGGCACAUUUUUGUGUAUAUAUGGCUAUUUAGGUUUCUGUAGCUUUUUUUUGGGCCGUUUAAGGUGAAGCUAGGUGUUUUGUUGUGGUCUAGUUAUUUCUUUACCAGGGCUGGAAGAAAAAACAAAACAAAAAAAAAAACAUACUGGACCUUCAAGCAGCUUUUUCGCAUUUUUAACAAUUCUCAUUUAAACCCAAAGGUAUUGAGUCGCCCUGAUACAUUAGGGUUGGUCAUGCCCUUUCUUUUAAAUGACAAGUAUGAAUGAUAACAGGGUGUUAACAGGACCGUGUAGAGGCAUUCAGAGUCCCUGGUGGAGAACCGACUCCAACUGAAAAUGUCAAGGCGUCUCCCUUUUAAGCAAGCAAAGAUUUACACCGUGAAUUAGCUGGCAGAUAUAUAAUGUAUACUGUUUAGAGCUUGAUCGAUGACUGCUGCAAAUUUUGUUUUCGCUUCGAGAUCCCCAAUGUAAUAUGCACCAUUUUAUUGUUAUGAUCCUAUUUUAUUACUUCAGUUACGUAUUGCUCAUCCUCCCCUCUCAUCCCCACUCCUCCUCUCUCUUUCUCUCUUUCUCAAACUGUUCGGUAACGUUAGCUCUGUAUCUAUUUUCUAAUGCCAAAUUAUUGGGUUUACCUGUGUUUUGUCAACAACAAAAAAACGAGAAACAGAAUCAACAGCCCGUGUAGUUGUCCUGAAAUCAGCUGCCUGCCUUAACUCCACCCCUGAGAGAUUUGGACAGCUGCUAAAA